CCGAAGCGCUUCGGGUCGGGUCGGGUCGGGUCGGUCCCGGAGGCGCCGCCAUGCCGGGGCUGCUGCUGGGCGACGAGGCGCCCGACUUCGAGGCGGACACGACGCAGGGCCGCAUCCGCUUCCACGACUUCCUGGGGGACUCGUGGGGCGUCCUCUUCUCCCACCCGCGGGACUUCACGCCCGUCUGCACCACCGAGCUGGGCCGGGCGGCCCGGCUGGCCCCCGAGUUCAGCAAGCGCAACGUGAAGAUGAUCGCGCUCUCCAUCGACAGCGUGCCCGACCACCUGGCCUGGAGCAAGGACAUCAAUGCCUACAACGGGGAACAACCUGAGGAGAAGCUCCCCUUCCCCAUCAUUGCCGAUAAGAACCGGGAGCUCGCUGUCAAGCUGGGCAUGCUGGACCCCGAUGAGCGGGACAAGGACGGCAUGCCCCUGACUGCUCGCGUGGUGUUUGUGUUUGGCCCGGAUAAGAAGCUGAAACUCUCCAUCCUGUACCCAGCCACCACCGGGAGAAACUUUGAUGAGAUCCUGCGGGUGGUGGACUCUCUGCAGCUGACAGCUUACAAGAAGGUCGCUACCCCUGUGGACUGGAAGCCCGGCGACAGCGUGAUGGUUGUGCCCACCUUACCUGACGAGGAGGCCAAGAAGCUGUUCCCUAAAGGAGUCUUCACGAAGGACCUGCCGUCAGGCAAGAAGUACCUGCGUUACACCCCGCAGCCCGAGUGAGCGGCCCUGGACGCAGCAGUGCCCGGAUCCGGCCUCCCCAGCACCGUGUGACACUCACUGACAGCUCACCCCGAUACUGAACCCACCCACGUCCCUUCGGUCCCCCCCACGCCCCCUCAAACUAAAACCCCAGAUGUUCUCUUGCCUUGAAUCAGCCCUGCAAGGAGGAGGUUAGCAGACUGGUGGCAGCUCCGCGGCUCACGCUGUGCUGUCACCUCCUGGCAGCUCAGCGAGAGGGAUGGUGGCAGCAGCCAGGCCCCGCGGCGUGUCCUGCUGGGCUCGUGUCUCCCAUCAGGUAGCUGAGGGUGCUCCAAGCUGCUGCGUGCCUUUAGGAGCAGCCGUCACUAACCCGUUAACACCUUCGUUUGGUCCCCUCCGUGGGGGAGGAGCUGCAGAGCAAAAUUCUCACUUACUGCUUUCUCAUCUCUUGCUGAAAGUUGACUGAUUAUUUUCAGCUUUUAUGGAAGAGGGAAUAGAGGAAAUAAAGCGGUCUUCAGUACUA